CGCGCUGGGCCGGGCCGCGCCGGCGGAGGUGGGGCCGGGGCGGGGGCCGCCCGCUGCCUACUGCCCGCCGCGCCGCGCGGUGCAGUGCAGCCGCCGGGAGCAGCCGCCGCCGGGAGUCGCCGCCGCCGGGUUCUGUCUUCACCAUGGAAAAGCCUUUGCUUUUGUAUAUAUUUGUAUUCCACUGGCAUUUGCUGAAUGCUUUAUUCACUGUUGAAGCUCCACAGUCACUCUACACUGUGGAAUAUGGGAGCAAUGUGACCAUGGAAUGCACGUUUCCAGUGAAUGGGCAAUUAAAGUUUAAAGAUUUAAGUGUCAGCUGGGAAAAAAAAGAUGAAUUUAGGAAAGAUGUUUAUGUACUUCUCAAAGGGGAGGAAGAUUUCAACAGUCAGCACAGUGACUUUAAGGGAAGAAUAAAAUUGUUGAAAGAGAAACUGAACUUUGGGCAGUCUGUCCUUCAGAUCACUGACGUUAAGGUCAGUGAUGCAGGGUUUUACCGCUGUCUAAUUGACUACAGGGGAGCUGACUACAAGAUGAUCAGUUUGAAAGUUAAGGCUCCUUAUAGAACCAUAAACCAAGGAGUGGUGAGUACAGGAGACAAAGAAUGGAAGUUAACGUGCCAGUCAGAAGGAUACCCGAAAGCUGAAGUAAUAUGGCAAAAUGGAGGAUAUCAGGAUUUGACUGAUAAAGCAAACACAAGUUACAAAACUGGAAAUGAUCAGCUGUAUCGUGUGACAAGUACGCUUAAAAUCAAAAGCAAAGCUGAUGAGAUUUUUCACUGUACAUUCUGGAACAAAGAACUUCAAGAAAAUAUAUCUGCUAUUUUAUACGUAGCAGAUUCAGCUGAGGAUAUUCUGUGGACUAAGAACAGACGCUUUGUUGGAGCAAUUCUGAUUGUGACUGCUCUCUUUGGAUCAGUGCUUCUAUUUAUGCUCUGCAUAGGAAAAGAGUUGUACAAAAAUGAGGAUGAGCGUGAUUGCAGAGGUGCAUCUUUUGAAGAGGAAGAGCUGCAAUAUAAGCAAAUUGAGAAGACUUAGCGUAAGCAGGGGAAGCUUUUUUUGUCGACGAAUGUUUGACAGCUCCAGUGUUCUGUGUUCUGCUUACUGAAGGGGGAUUUUAUUUUUUUUAAAUUUUGAGAUUGCAGUUUUCUUCCAUAUCAUCAUAAGUCAGGAAAGAUUGCAAUGAAGCUAAUGGAAUUAUUGUUGUAUAAAAAGCCUAUGGCUUUUUCAGGCCUCUGUAUAUGUCAGUAGGUAUGGAGAUACUUACUCAAACAUCCACAUUUCUGCUUUAUUAAGAUUAUGCACUUUCAAGGACACAUUUCAGUUAAAAGUAUCUUUAAAGUGAAGCACUUUAGGUCUAUGACCAUAAUGAAUUUUGUAGCUAGUUCUAGAACGGUCCAUCUUCUGGGCUGUUUUUCUACCUGGAGGUCUCAAUUCCCUGCAGAGACUUUGCUUUCCAACUUGUAAAGUAAAUGUUUAAUGCUUUGAUCCGCAUAAAAUGUUAGGGUGCAACAAUACAGAAUGCCAUACAAAUAGGACAUUUUCUGUCCUUAUCAUAGGUUUUAAAAUACUGGUUACCCACAGCUAUGCCUGAAAGAUUAUGAAACCCCCUUGACGCCGUGGUUCGGAAAUAAUUAGGUAAUACUGAGCUGCUUAAAUGUCUUGCUCUCAAGAAGUUCUUUUGAGGAUAUAAUUGCCUUGUGUGAUAUAGGUGGCACUACUUGGUUGCUGCUGUUCACUCUUCUGCUUUACCAUUUGGAGACAGUGCAGCUCUUCAGACCUUCAGGAAGAACAGCUCUUGAUUUGGGCUGGCUUUUUAUUCAGACCCUUUUAAUUCAUCUUGGAAAUAGAAGGGAAGCCUUCAGACUUCAAGGACAUGAAAUAAAUGCUCAUGUGAUUGCUUAAGAAAUGCUCGGGGAACGUGCUUCUGGAUUCCAGUUAUCCAGCUAUUGAUUUGUUACAUUUGCUAGGUGCAUAGCUUUGUGUGUCAAAAAUACACAGAUUAGAAUUAUUUAUUACAAUACUAUUCACAAUUAUAUUUUUUUAAAUAAAAUGUGUUUUGUUUUUUU